AUGCCAGAGUUUAUGAGUGUCUGGCUACAGCUUCUUCUAGUCGACUUCCGCCGGAUCAAGCGAUCGCGCGCUACAAACUUUGGUCGAUUUCCGAACCGCGCCGAUAUUCUAUUGUUGGCAUUGGCUGAGAGCCUUGAGACUAGGAUAGUCGUGUUAAGUGGCCCCAUUGACCUGGACUCGUACUUUUUCAGGCUCGGCUUCUACUUUACUGUCGAGAAGACGGGUAAAGAACAGCACCCUAGCAAAGCUAAUACGAGAUGGAAAGUGGCAGAUUCGCCCCUUUGUCAAGCGGCGGAAAACGGCCACUUGGAAGCGGUAAAGCUCUUGGUGCGUCAGGGCGAGUCUCUGGCAAUUAACCAGUAUCAUCGCCGCCCGGGCAGACGACUCGAAGAUGGUGCGGGUUUUACUACGCCGUCCUCAAGUUGA